AUGUCAAACUUAUCAGUACCAAGACCUCAAACUUUAAGAUCUCAUUCAUCAUCCACUGGUGAAUCAUCCACAACACCACAAAUAAAUGUCUUCCCACAAUUUUUAUCCACAUCCAAUCGUCAUAGAAGUAGUAAAUCUGCAUCUUCUCUCUUGAGAAUCACUAGAACAAACACUAGUAAUAACACCGAAUAUCCCAAUACAAUUCUUUCGGAAGAUACUCAACAUAGUGAACGAUCCAUUGAUGCCGUACCCAGCUCAAGACCAAGUGUCACGUAUCUGGACAAACUCUGGACCCAGAUAGAUGUGUUGGAUGAUGUUAAAAACAUGUCGAAUCAAGUCAAACUUCGUGGUUCAUUCUUCAAUGAUUCUUUUAAUGAAGAAUUAAACCAAUUGAAAGCCAGUCAAAAUAAACUUCUUGAAGUAUUGGCUCUACAACAUACAAAGCUUAAGGAAGAGGAACAAGUUUACAAAUUAACUCAACAAAACAAUUCUACUCUUGGUAAGACAACCAAUGAUUCUUCUGAUUUACUUCAAACGGAAGAAGAGGGUGAAACAAGGGGCGAGGAAUCAAAUAAUGAAUCUACACAAAUGGCAGAAUUUUUCGGUCAUGAUGGUAAUAAUUCUAAAAAUAUCUUGUAUAGGAAACAAGAUUUAAAAGAAUUAGAUAGAUUUAUUGAAGAUAUGAGAGAUAAAUUAAACACAGUUGGGGAGGCAAUGAAGAAUUUUGAUGAAACUACAAGAGAUUUGUGGUAG